AUGGGCGCCGUACGGCGAUACUCCGACUGUCAAGCGGAGGUCGCGCGGAAACUCCUCGCGUCGCUUCCUCCAGCGGAGAGCGCCGUCCCCACCCACCACCGCCGCGUUGCUGGCGCGCUGGAUAAACCGCGCGAAUGCACGAGCCGUGAUUCAAACACCCGGAGCCCCGACAUGCAAAGGGCAAGCAACAGGAAGAGCCCGGUCUCGAUUAAUGAGAGCAGCUGUGACGGCGAGUUAGCAUCGGCGAAUGGAGUCAACAACAGAAGCAUUAGUACCAAUAGCAAGCGCAUGGGGAGCAGUAGUAAGGUCGGGUCGCGAGAUGUGUUCGGCCAAGCCGCGGCCCCGCGAAAGGAGCUCGAUCCCGUCAAGGCGCGGCGGCGGUCGAGCAGCGACUGGAGCGACGGAGCGAACCCAGUGGGGAUCCUGGACGACAUCGGCGAUCUGUAUGCGACGAAUGAUGACGACGCUGCAGGUACCGUGCGCGAAAAUGCACAGCGUCGUGACUCCCUCCCGCGAGUAACUGGCGACACUACUGCCGCUAUUCCCCGCGGGGGCUCGGCGGAACUCCCGGCCCUUACAGCGCAAGCCCCCGCCAGGCCUACCGGCGCCCCGCGACAGGCGGGUGCGACAUCUGACGCACGCGCUGGUCGCCGCCGAUCGUUCGACGGACAGAUUGACCGGCUGAAGAACUCCGCCAUUGGGGGCGGAGGCGGCACGGGCGCCGUCGGCUCGCCUGUGUGGGCGGCGGAAUGCGGGGAUCUGUACGGCAGCGAGGAGGGCGACCACGUGCCGAUCACGUGGCAUGGCGACGACGAAGAUGUGAACGCACCAGCAGGCGGCGAUGGAUUCACCUCCGCCAGCAGCGUCGAGGCCUUGCAAGCAAAGGCGCGCGCGCCGCCGCCCACUGGUAGGGGCUCCGCGCAUGCGAACAGGGCCUCCGCGAGUCGGUCCGCCCCGCGCGCGCAAAGGGGCGCGGUAGAGCAGCAAGAGGCGGCGUGGCUUCCGCCUCGCGCGGCGAAAAAGCCGCCGCGUUUGGAGGACGAGGAUGAGGACGGCGCAGGGAGCGACAGCGGCGGUAGCGGUGGCGGCGGCAUGGUGGUUCGGCGUCAUACCGUGGGCGUGGACGGCCGGGAGAGGCGGGCUGCGAGUACGGGCAGGGCGAGAACGGCGCGGAGCGGAAUCGGCAUGCUGGAUGACGUGGCGUUGAGGAAUAACGCGCAAUCGACGUCGCGGAAUGCGGGUGUUGUGGCGGCGAUGGUUGCCGGGGAGGAGGAAGGGGAGGACGACGGGGAGGAGGGGGAAUGGAGCAGUCCCGAGCGCACUCUGCGCCGAUCGACCACUGUUGACAGCGCGGCGCGCCGUCGCCCCGCGGGGGGCUGGAAAGGGAAAGGCGGAAAGAAACCGCCCGCGCCGGAAUCCGGCGGGUCCCCGUCCUUCGGAAGUGUGCGUGCGGGGGCUGCGCACGCGCGGACGGGCUCCGCGGGGAGCGUGGGGCACGGAGGCAGUUUGGACUGGGAUGUGGAAGACCAGCGCGCACCGCCGCCGCAGGCGCAGGCGCAACGUCUAUGGGCGGAAGGGGGAGAGGGAGAUCAGCAGUGGAUGCAGCGGCAGCCUCCGCAAUGCAUCAAGGCGGCGCUGCGCGCACGGGUGGUCGGGCGUCUCGGCGGAAAUUCCGCAAGCAGCGCAAGCGGCGCUGUCGGCGCCGCUUGUGGAAGGCCGUUUUUACCCGCGGGCGGUGCGCUACCUCCCCAUGUUCCGCCGAACUGGGCGGCGGGUCCAUAUCCCCCUUCCGCCUCCGCCACCACUAGCUUCAUCCCCCCCCACCUUCUGCCAUCCUGCCCCUCCGCGAACUCCGCCCGCUCGAUUUCCGCUCCGCCCGCCCGCCCAUUCGCUCCGCCCGCUGCCCCGGGUCCGGGGGUGCAAGCGGAGGAGGACGCGCAGCAGCUUCCGCCGCCCCCGCGCCUACUGCGCACGCUCUCGUCGCUCUCCUCCUCCUCCGCGCGCUCCUCCUGCUCCCACGUUUCCACCAGCUCCGCCCCCGCCGGGCCUGUUGCGCUGUCCGCCCUCCGCGCGCGCGCGGAGGCUGCGGGGAGCAAGCAGAGGCGGGGAGCGGGCGCGGGGAGACCAGCGGGUGGAGCGGGGGAGGGGGCAAAGGAGAGCAGCGGGAGGGGGAAGCCCGGGCCAGGGUAUGCUGCUCUAGGUCCCCUCUUUCCUUCCCUGACUUGUGCGCUCCACUCCAGGGAUGUUCUUCCACAUCAUCAUAACCUUUCUGCUAUUUGA